UUCCCUCUCCCCUUUUCAUUAUAAACAAAGUCUGCCCUCGACUUUCUCUCAAAACCAGUCGCCACCUAUAUCUGUGUUUAUCUUUUUUUUGUUUUACAAGCUCAUCAAUCCCUCCCUUGUUCUCUCCUGCUUCAGAGCCAAAGACCCUCUCUCUCUUUUCCCUCUAUCCAGCCCUUUUCCCCUCUAUAUUAUUCCCAAAGCGAUUUACGUUGAAGCACAAGAAUAAAUAUAGCCUACCGUUUUAGCUUUUUUGUUUUUUAUCAAUGGCGGUUGAAGCUCCGCAUAUUAACCCUUUCCCUACUCAGUUAAUCACCAACAGCAGAGAUUUUCUGAAAACAAAUCAAGGGAGUGGCAAUAUAUGUGGUACCCAGAUGGAUGCUUGUGUUCCUUUGGUUGGUUCGAUGCAACAGGAUUCACAGCUUUUCCCAUUGAAUCAGCCCUUUUUUUGUGAUCCGAUUUCUGCCAAAACUUCAAUCAACAAAGUUGAUAGCGGCCUUAAAUAUAACAUGAAUAUCCCAGUCUCAUCAACAAGAAAAAGGCCCAGAGAUUCGUUUGUCAAUGGCCUUGAUUCAUAUCCCGUCUCUCAGAAGAGUAAACUUUCUGGAUUUUCCUUUGUUAUGGACGAUGAUGUUGUCUCCCAGAUCCAACUGCAACAACAAGAAAUUGAGCGUUUCAUUGUUGAACACACUGAAAAAGUGAGGUUUGAACUUGAAGAAAGAAGAAAAAGCCAAUCGAGAAUGUUGAUUAAAGCCAUCCAAGAAGGGGUAAUCAAGAAACUGAUGGAAAAAGAAGAAGAGAUGCAAAGAAUGGGGAAACUAAACUGGAUUCUUCAAGAAAGGGUUAAAAGCCUGUACGUGGAGAACCAACUGUGGAGAGACCUGGCACAAACAAACGAAGCCACUGCCAAGUCCUUGCGCACCAAUUUAGAACAAAUUCUGGUGCACGUCAGCGAGGAACGCCACGUGAGCGGUGGAGGAGCAGCUGCGUUGGCCGACGAUGCGGAGUCUAGCUGUGGAAGCAGCGAUGAAGGGUGGCGCAAGGUGCUACUACCGCAACCACAUGUGAGUGGCGGUGGUUGUGCGGCGGUGGGGAACAAUAAUAGGAAGUGUAGGAAGUGCGGGGAAAUGGAGUCGAGUGUGCUGUUGCUGCCAUGCAGGCAUCUUUGUCUCUGUACAGCUUGUGGGUCCGCUCUGGUAGGCACUUGCCCUGUUUGCGAUUCUAUUACCAAUGCCAGAGUUCAUGUUAACAUGUCAUGAAAAAAAAAAUCUUUGUUAGAUUUAAUGAAAAAAAGGUGGAAAAAAAAGUGAAAAUGGAACUGCAUAUAUCUUUUCUAGAAAUGAUUCAUAGGAAAAAAGGUUUCAGUAUUAGAAUCUGUUUCAUCUUAUUCAUUAUUUUUUGGGGUU